AAACCGCCCUAGUAACAGCCGCAUGGUAACCUAGGUGCUGGGCGUGUGGUACUCGCUCUCGGUUUUCCUCGCUGGUUUUGGCUCCCGGCGUCUGCAAGAUGAAGAUUGAGGAGGUGAAGAGUACCACGAAGACGCAGCGCAUCGCGUCCCACAGCCACGUGAAGGGGCUGGGGCUGGACGAGAGCGGCCUGGCCAAGCAGGCGGCCUCGGGGCUCGUGGGCCAGGAGAACGCGCGAGAGGCAUGUGGUGUGAUAGUAGAAUUAAUCAAAAGCAAGAAAAUGGCUGGAAGAGCUGUCUUGUUGGCAGGACCUCCUGGAACUGGCAAGACAGCUCUAGCUCUGGCUAUUGCUCAGGAGCUGGGUAGUAAGGUCCCUUUCUGCCCAAUGGUGGGGAGUGAAGUUUACUCCACGGAGAUCAAGAAGACGGAGGUGCUGAUGGAGAACUUCCGCAGGGCCAUUGGGCUGCGGAUAAAGGAGACCAAGGAGGUUUAUGAAGGUGAAGUCACAGAGCUGACUCCAUGUGAGACAGAGAACCCCAUGGGAGGGUACGGCAAAACCAUUAGCCAUGUGAUCAUAGGACUUAAAACGGCCAAAGGAACCAAACAGUUGAAACUGGACCCCAGCAUUUUUGAAAGUUUGCAGAAAGAGCGAGUAGAGGCUGGAGAUGUGAUCUACAUUGAAGCCAACAGUGGGGCCGUGAAGAGGCAGGGCAGGUGUGAUACCUACGCCACAGAAUUCGACCUUGAAGCUGAAGAGUAUGUCCCCUUGCCAAAGGGGGAUGUGCACAAGAAGAAAGAAAUCAUCCAGGAUGUGACCUUGCACGACUUGGAUGUGGCCAACGCACGGCCCCAGGGGGGACAAGACAUCCUGUCUAUGAUGGGCCAGUUAAUGAAGCCGAAGAAGACAGAAAUCACAGACAAACUUCGAGGGGAGAUUAACAAGGUAGUGAAUAAGUACAUUGAUCAGGGCAUUGCUGAGCUGGUUCCAGGCGUGCUCUUUGUUGAUGAAGUCCACAUGCUGGACAUCGAGUGCUUCACCUACCUGCACCGGGCCUUGGAAUCUUCUAUCGCCCCCAUCGUCAUCUUUGCAUCCAACCGAGGCAACUGUGUCAUCAGGGGUACUGAAGACAUCACCUCUCCUCAUGGCAUCCCUCUUGACCUUCUGGACCGCGUGAUGAUCAUCCGGACCAUGCUGUAUACCCCACAGGAAAUGAAACAGAUCAUUAAAAUCCGAGCCCAGACAGAAGGAAUCAACAUCAGUGAGGAGGCGCUGAACCACCUGGGGGAGAUCGGUACCAAGACAACUCUGAGGUACUCGGUGCAGCUGCUGACCCCAGCCAACUUGCUGGCUAAGAUCAAUGGGAAGGACAGUAUCGAGAAAGAGCAUGUCGAGGAAAUCAGCGAGCUCUUCUACGAUGCCAAGUCCUCGGCCAAAAUCCUGGCUGACCAGCAGGAUAAGUACAUGAAGUGAAGACAGCUGAGGUGUUCCGGAGAGACUCCGGGCGUGCCUGGCUGGGUGCCGCCUGCGAGCAGGAGGCUCCCCCUGCGCUUUGGGCUCUGUCCCCUCUGGCCACGGCGGUCAGCACCAGCUCAGUGUGGAAAGUGUUGCUUUUUAAAUUACCGUAACUUCUGCGGUUGCUUUGAAGGAACCCUGCCUCGCCUGGCAUGUUUUCUAAUAAAUCCUUGUAGGUUAUUUUGAUGACCUGUCUCUCUCUCUCGAUUUUUUUAAAAAUAAACUUUGUAUUUUAG